GGCGGGGCUGGCUCAGGCCACUCCCUGCAUGCGCUAGCUAUAGCUAGCUAUAAUAGGUAGCUAGCUAGCUAUAGCUAUAAAAUAACCUACUGGAUUGUUACUGCUUCUGAAGAUGUUUGGAAGGAAGGACAAGAAAGCUGACCGAAAGAGAGGUCGUGAGAAGCCCUCUGAGAGGAAAGGAGGAGACCUGGCUACUAUGUUUGGCCUCAACAUGGAGAUACCUGAUGACUCAGAGUUGGAGGCAGAGUUGAUGGCACUGGAGGGGGUUUCCCCGGGUGUAGGGGGACGUGGCAAGGCUCCCCUCUCUGUGGCUGACGUAAACAAAAUGGUGGCAGGGAUAGGAGAAGUGGGGGACGAGGACUCUGACCUUAGUGACAUCGACGAGGACGAGCUGCUCGGAGAAUUACAGGCUUUAGAAGAGACGUCUUCUGACCCCCCACCACCUACCGCCCACAAUCCUCAGUCUUCUGACCCCCCACCUCCUACCCCCCACAAGCUUCAGUCCCCAUCACUCAAGACAGUGGGUGGUUCAGUAGAGCUGGUGUCAGGAAGACUGGACAUGUAUAGGACUGCUCUGAGUGAGGCAGAGAGUGGUGGAGAGAGUUCCAAGGUCAAGAGGUACAAGAGAGGAGUCUCCUCUCUGGAGGGGUUACUCAAAAAUGCUCAGAAGGGCGGCACAGUGAGUGAAGAGGAUCUACCUCCAAUGGUGGCUGUCAAGUCUGCCUCUACAGCACCUCCUCCUAAACAACACUCUAUUAACUUUGAUGACCCAGAAUUUGAUGAGUUUAACUUUGAUGAGAGUGAACUUGCAUCAAUGGCUUCCUCUAUGAUCGAUGAUCGCCAAUCAUCCGUCCAAUCACAGCCAACUACUCAACAAUCACCACAGAAACAGGCCACACCCACUACAAAGCUGCCUGAUGUAUACACAGAGACUGUACCACCCAAAUCAUCUCCACGGCAACAAAAUCUAGCUAAGCCAUCGCCAUCACCACGGCAACAAGCACCUUCUAAGCCGUCACCAUCACCACGGCAACAAGUGCCACCACCUGCUAAACCAUCACCACGCCAACAAGCUCCUCCCACUAAACCGGAUGGAACAAUUGACCUCGAUGACCCCGAGUUUGAUGAAUUUACUCUGACUGACGACGACCUCGUUGCCAUGACAACAGCUUUUGUUGAUGAUCGUGAGAAACCUAAACUAGAUGAACCUGUUACCAUGGAUACCAGUAAGCCGAGUGCUAGUCUACCUGCUCGUAUUGCCCACCCUCCGUCCACUGAUAAGAACACUGUCACUAAGCUGCUCUCAGAGAGAAGGGAUCAAUAUCUAGCAGCUAGUAAGACUAACAAAGUCAAGCAGAGAGAGUAUCGUGUGAUGGCUGCACAGUUCAGUCGUGUGGUGAAGGCUUUGGAGGGAGGGGGACAAGUGGACCUGAGGGAGAUGCCUGGACCACCUCCUGGCUAUCAAUCAUCUUAUAACAUUGACAUCACCAAGUACACACCUACACCGGCUCUGAAGGAAGGUCAAAGUCCACCAGCAUCCAUUUCACAAGGUCAAAGUCCAUCCUCAUCCCUUUCACAAGGUGGUAUGGGUUCUGAAGAUGCAAGUUCUGAAGAUGUAAAUUCAGACAUUGCUAUUCCCAAGACAACAAUGGAAGCCUUAGAACAACGACUGGCAAAGUAUCAUGAAGGGGUCAAAAGUGCAAAGGAGAAAGGUGAAAGUUCACGAGUGCGGAGGUUGGGACGUAUUGUCAAAUCUUACGAAGAUGCCAUUAAAGCAACUAAGAGUAAUAAACCAUAUGAUUAUGUUGAGUUACCUACUCCUCCUGGCUAUCCUCCCAUUCCCGUUCCACGAACUUUGACCCCACGCCCACUUGUGGUGCCUCCGACACAAUCCCUCCCUGUUGCCAUGGCAUCCAAGCCCCGUCCACCCUCGUUGAAUCAGGAGCAGUUACGAUAUAUUGAAGCACGUCGCUCUGAGCUACAAACGGCUGCUAAACAGGAGCAAAGCAAAGGACAGAGAGAGAAAGCUCUUUAUUAUCUCAAACUAAGGAAGGGGUUGGACACUAUGUUGGAGGCAGCAAAGAGUGGGAUGCCUGUUAAUCUAGAAGAGCUUCCACCGUCUCCAUUUGCUGAUCUAACACAAACCAAACCAUCAAAUGAUGUCCUCUCUCACUUGAAACCAGCUACUGCUGAAGAUGCCGCCACCUUUGACCUCCUAGAGAAGCAGCUACAGAAGCAAUGUGAUAUCUGUGACUCUAAUGCUGAGACUUACCGUAAGAUGGGCAGCACCCCAGCCUCUAUACAGUAUGACAAUAUGUCCCAGAACUGCCAGAGAGAGCUAUUAGCCAUCAAAGGCAUUCGCUCACAAGGAUUAGGGCCACCCAAGUUCACCAUAGAAACAAGAAAGUUCACAAUAGUUAAUAGUCACCCAGAGCUGAGCAGUGGUGUGUGUGAGGUGGCCGUGGUAAGAGGUGUCAAUAUACCCAAACCAGAGGGUUUUGAGGAGAAGGAUAUGAAUGUUUAUGUGGAGGUUGAAUUCCCCUGGCCCCCAGACAAUCCUGGCAAAGACUCCACCACUACUGUCAAGCAGAGUUGUGACCCUGACUUCACUGAAGCUAAGCUCAACUUUGAGAUAGAUCGUAAGAAGAUCAAGACAAUGACAAGGACUCUCAAGCGAACGCCUGUCAAGUGUGGAGUGUGGCAGAAGAGGGCGUUCAGGAAAGACCUGUUUAUUGGUCUUGCGUCGCUGAGUGUGGAGGGACUAGAGAGCCAGUGUAGUGUGAGAGGUACGAUUGACCUCACUGAUGAGAAGGGGCGCAAACAAGUAGGUGGGAAACUGGAGAUUGCUGCUACACUAAGAGAACCACUAUCUGGUACGGACAAGACAGAACGUGAUGAGCAGUGGCUAGUGUUUAAAGAAGCCAUCGCUGCCAAAUCAAGUGUAAGCAUGCCCAAACCAGGACCACCCUCGGCUGCUAGAAGAAAAUCUUCAACACCGGCAAACUUUGCACUCCUGUCUCCAAUCAAAGUGGAGAGUAUGGUUAGCCUGGAGGCACUCAAGUUUGAGCUCAGUCUAGUACAGAGUGCCCUCAAGGCUGGACACAAGGACAAGGCUACAUCAGCAAGGGGGAAACAAAUUCAAGAUAGGUCAGCAGAGGUGAAACAAAAGCUUCAAUCAGAUGCUAAGUUCAGAGAGAGUUACAGUCGCCAGGUGACCCGGGAGAUGGCCGGGGAACAACAACUGGAGGCUCAGCUAAUCAAACAGGGGAAGGGGAAACAAGUGGAGGCUGUGAUACUGGGCAAGAGACGGGUUGCCAUGGAGAGGGAACUCAAGGCUUUGCAGAGCAGGAAACUGUAGACACUUGUAUAGUUAGCUAUAGUGUGAGAAACUAUAUACGUAUCAGUGACAAGUCAUUUUAUUAUAAUUGUAUAAUUAUGUAGUAAGUGUUGUUAAUUAUAAUUCGUUUGAUAUUGGGUUAUAAAAGUAA